ACAACAACAAACACGCCAGAUAAAGAAAAAAAAACAAAUACACAGUCAGAGAUGUUUAAGAGUACUAAAGAAUGAAGCUAAUAUAACUAAUAGUAUAUUUUUGUUUAUAAAAAUAUAAAUACAAAAUGACAAUAUUGAAUAAAUACAUAGAAGGCUACAAUGCGAACGGUAUAUGCAUCGGUUGCUUGAAUUAUAACCGUAAGAUGUAUUAUUGUGAAGAAGUGAAACAAUGUUUCAAAGUUUUAGCGAAUAUUGAUAUACCAGACAAACUAGCUGUCCAAACAUGCUGGGAAUGCUUGGCCAAUAUUAAGAAUACAUUUAAAUUCAGAGAAAAAAUCCUUAAAUCGUGUAAUAUACUUCUUGCCUAUUCAGAAAAGCACAAAUUUCUCAACUCACCUAAUGAUCUAUUGAUUCACGCUAAGCAGAGGUUGACCUCACAUUUGUUGUCUGAUACGCAAUUCAGCACAGGACUGUUUACAGAUGAGGAUAUCGUCAAAAAUGAGCCCGUCUCAUACGAUAGCGAGAAAUGUAUGGAAGUCGAUGCUCCAUUCAUACCAGAUAAUUUGGAGUCAGAGGAUGAUAUUGUACUCGCAAAGAUGAUGGUAGAGAGAGUUGAUGAAAAGCUCACAGACCGCAGUUCUCCUAAUGAGACCAACCAACCUAUGAGAGAUCCAUUAUUUGAUGAACAAAUACCUGAUGGAGAUUCCUGUAUUGUUCGUCACAACAACGGACCGGAUAUGCAAUACGAUGACUUACAUAAGGUCCGAAGGGAAAGCUUGGGUGAUGAGGUUGAAGCUGAUAUGAACACGGAUGAAGAACUACUGGGCGGUGAUGAUGAUGAAUCCGAUACCAGUAUCAGCGGUGGUGACGACGAAGAGUCAUCGGACGACGAUGGUGAAAGCUCAGGGGCGGAACCGAACGGCGAGUGGUCGGUGCAGCGCCCUGAACGCCGACCACCGACAUUCAACAGCAAAGAGGAGGUACGGAUAGAAGACAAAGCUACCACACCAUUUGACUUUUUCGAAAUUCUAUUCAAUGAAAACAUUUUGAAUGAAAUUGUAACAAGUACAAAUGUGUGUGCGAAGCAAUUAUUACAACUGACCAGCGCGCCCCAGUCAAGAAUACGCAAAUGGGAGAACAUAACCAAACAGAAGCUUCUGGUAUUUCUGGGUAUCCUCUUCCACAUGGGUCAUAUAAAGCUGAACAGCCUCAGCGAUUAUUGGCGCAAAGAUUAUCUGUUCAAUCUGUUUCCGGCGAAAUUUAUGUCGAAGAAUGUGUUCUUAUUGAUAUUUAGAUGUCUACGGUUCGGAAAACAUAACUUGGAAAGCCUGGUCGCCUAUUUCAACGGGAAAAUGGCGGACAUUUACAAUCCCGGCGAGGAAUUGUGCAUUGAGGAUUCGGUUAUAUUAAGCAGGGAACGUAGCCGACAGUUUUUUAAAAGGAAACGACAGAAAUACGGCGCCAAGCUGUACACCCUGGUCACCUCAAGUGGCUUCUCGCUAAAGAUACAUUUGUACAAAGGGAAAGGAGACGUGGGCAGUAAGGGUCAUACCAAUAAAGUGGUGGCAAAAUUGCUCGAAAGCUAUUUAGAGACAGGGCGAAUCGUGUUUAUCGAUAGUUAUUACAGCAGUGUUCAACUCUCGGAGUUCUUGUUGAAUCACGGCUUGAAUACAACUGGGAUGCUGAGAGCGAAACGCAAAGGGAACCCAGCGAUGGUGGCGACCAAAUUGAAAAAAGGGGGGAGCGUGUUCAGCUACAACCGUAACGGUAUAUGCGUCUGCAAGUGGAAAGACCACCGUGAUGUAUUAACAAUAAGCACAGCACACUCCCCAGACCUCGUUCCAGUUACAAAUAGAAGGGGCCAAACUAUUCUAAAACCGGAAAUGAUCAGUAAGUACAAUAAAGUAAUGAACGGCAUCAACAGACAGGAUUUGCUGGCAUAUUACACGUGUGAACAAAUGAUUAUGCCGUGGCAUAAGAAAUUAGGGAUACACAUAUUACAAAUGUUGAUGUGGAACGCGUACUACUUGUACAAAAUUAAAUUGAAUAAAAAGAUCAGCUUCUAUAAAUUUAGAGAGGAAAUAAUCACAGAACUACUUCCACCCCCAAAACAAAGUGGACAUGGAAAUAUUAAGGCCACGGUGGAGAAUGAUAGGAUACAUUUACCAGUGCAUUGCCCGAGGAAUGAGAAACGGAAUACCAAAAGGAGACGGUGCAAACAUUGCUGGGAUACCUCGAAGAAGAGGAUAAAUACCCUGUGUUAUUGUCCCACUUGUGAAAACCAACCUGGACUCCACCUGGAGUGCUUUCGGGCCUAUCAUAAAUAUUAGCCCGUUCAUUUUAGGUGCAAACAGUGAACAAUAAUAAUAAUAUCCUGGGACAUUAUUCACACACGGCCAUCUGAUCCCAAACUAAGCAGAGCUCAUACUAUGGAAACCAGACAACUGAUAUACUACAUAUACUACUUUUCUUUUGUAAAUACGUAACUAUAUAGAUAAUUACACCCAGACUCAGGACAAACAGACAUGUUCAUGCACAAAAAUGUCUGUCCUGGGUGGGAAUCGAACCCACAACCUUCGGCAUGAAAGGCCAUCUACCAACCACGCCAACCGGCUCAACAAUUAAAUGUAAUCAUAAAAUAAACACAAUAAACAAAAUUAAAGUGUAUAUAAGUAGCUAAG